CCCGGUCCUCCGAGACCCGGAAGUGGAGGAUGGCUGAGGUGUCGCUAUGCGCCCGGCGAGCGGCGAGCGGCCCGGAGAAGCCGAAGAGGAGGCGGCUGAGUUUCUGCAUGAUAUGGCGUCUUCCAGCAUUCUUUGCAUGGAACUAUUAAGAUACGUAAUUUGUAUUAAAUAGCUGGUAUAGCUUGCCGGAAGGUCACAAUGUUUCAGUGUUCCUAUUUGUACCAUUGGUUCUGGGGAUUAUGUUUGUGUCUUAUGAAUCUGUAACAUCUGGCUGACAAUAGGAGUCUUUCUUACUGUACCUUGUCUGAUCAAACUGUUCUGAAAUGGGUAGGGUCAGUAUUUCUUGUCUGUUUCCUGCUUCUUGGCACUUCAGCAUUUCCCCAGUUGGGUGUCCACGAAUAUUGAACACCACGUUACGGCAGAUUAUUGUCAUUGGGUUGCUCGCUGCUGCAUUUUUCUUGCUGUACUAUUCUGUUGUAAAAUAUGGCUACAGGGACAAAAAGCUGCACAGGUAUCUUGCUCGAGUAACCGACACAGAAGCUACAGACACCAACAAUCCCAAGUUGAACUAUGGUAUUAUGGUGGACUGUGGUAGCAGUGGAUCUAGGAUCUUUGUAUAUUGGUGGCCGAGGCACAAUGGCAAUCCACAUGAUUUGCUGGACAUCAAACAAAUGAGGGACAAAAACAGCAAACCAGUGGUUAUGAAAAUUAAACCAGGCAUUUCAGAAUUUGCUACCUCUCCUGAAAAAGUCAGUGAUUAUAUUUUCCCACUUCUGAGCUUUGCUGCUGCACAUGUACCCCGUGCAAAACAUAAAGAAACACCUCUGUAUAUUCUAUGUACAGCAGGGAUGAGAAUCUUACCAGAGAGCCAGCAAAAGGCAAUACUAGAAGACCUGCUAACUGAUAUCCCAGUGCAUUUUGAUUUUCUGUUUUCGGACUCGCAUGCUGAGGUUAUUUCAGGAAAGCAAGAAGGAGUAUAUGCAUGGAUUGGAAUCAACUUUGUCCUUGGAAGAUUUGAGCAUACCGAUGAUGAGGAUGAUGCUGUAGUGGAAGUGCACAUUCCUGGCAGUGAAAACAAGGAAGCCAUUCUUCGAAAGAGGACUGUGGGUAUACUUGACAUGGGUGGUGUGUCAACUCAAAUAGCAUACGAAGUCCCUAAAACUGUAAGCUUUGCCUCUUCACAGCAGGAGGAGGUGGCCAAGAACCUACUUGCAGAGUUUAAUCUAGGGUGCGAUGCUCACCAAACUGAACAUGUCUACCGAGUUUAUGUGGCAACUUUCCUCGGCUUUGGUGGAAAUGCUGCCCGGCAAAGAUAUGCAGAGAGCAUAUUUACUACCACAGUAUUUAGAAACAGGCUUCUAGGCAAACAGAUUGGUAUGACUUCUGAUACCCCCUAUUUAGACCCUUGCCUGCCUUUGGAUGCUGAGGAUGAAAUCCAGCAGAAUGGGCAGAAGAUGCAUCUUCGAGGGACAGGAGAUUUUCACUUGUGCCGUGAUGUUAUUCAGCCUUUCAUGAAUAAGACAAAUGAGACGCAGACUUCUUUGAAUGGCAUUUAUCAGCCUCCUGUGCACUUUGAGAACAGCGAGUUCUAUGGGUUCUCGGAGUUCUAUUACUGUACUGAGGAUGUAUUGCGGAUGGGAGGAGAGUACAUCGCUGCUAAGUUUAUUAAAUCUGCAAAGGAUUAUUGUGCAACAAAGUGGUCAGUCCUAAGGGAACGUUUGGACCGUGGUCUUUAUGCGUCGCAUGCAGACCUUCAUCGAUUGAAGUAUCAAUGCUUUAAGUCAGCCUGGAUGUAUGAAGUGUUUCACAACGGUUUCUCUUUUCCUGUAAACUAUGGCAACUUAAAAACUGCACUGCAGGUCUAUGACAAAGAAGUGCAAUGGACGUUGGGGGCCAUUCUCUAUCGAACACGAUUUUUGCCUUUGAGGGACAUCCAGCAGGAGAAUUUCCGAGGCAAUCACUCCCAUUGGCGCAGCUUCUCCUUUGUUUACAACCAUUACUUAUUCUUCGCCUGCUUCUUUGUUGUGCUGCUGUCCAUCCUGCUGUACCUGUUGCGAUUGCGACGGAUUCACCGGCGAAUGCUACACAGUGGCCAGUCCCCUUCCCUCUGGAUCGAGGAAGGCCUCCCGCCACAGAAGAUCCCAGGCGCCUUAUAAGCUGCUGAACAUUGGUCUUAGGACUUGCUAAAGAAAAAGCCAUCGUUUUUGCCUCAGGGUUCUUCUCUCAUCCCUAGAAACCGUUGCCCAAGUCUCUCGCUGCAGUGUUGGAAUCGAGAGGUCACCUGCACCUGGAAAAUUGAGGGGGGAAAGCAGGGCCAGCUCUGCUUGGCUAGACUGAGGGAAUAUCAGCCAAAAUUAUUUUAAAAACUCAUACCUUAAAAGUAAAUGCACUUUGACAUUGAGGGGAGGGGAGAUGUUGUGGAGGGAGGAACAAAAAGGGUGGGGCAGGGAAGACUUCAUGCCAGUAAAUGAAUAAAUGGGAAAGAAGCAAACUAGUCUGUUCUCCACUGUUCUCUACACAACUACUGUGAUUGUUCUCUCAAUAUAUGGUAAGCCAGCUCAUAAAAAGUUCUUGUGGAUGUGAGUGAAACCUUCCUAACCAAUAAUCCAUCCUGUAAGGCAGGGGUGGGGAACUGGAUGGGGCUGGCUGGCCAGACCAUUAUCUUCCCCCACCUCUCGUGCCCACAGUGACAUUGGGUGACCCGUUUUUGCCUCACGGUUUGAAAUCAGUCUGUGGGCAGAAGCACACCUUGCAAAGCACACACUCUCAGUUGAAUGCCAGGGCUUGCAGAGUGCUAUGCACAGCCCAUCCUGACAGGCAGCUGAUUGACAAUGCCUGAAACCCCCUUUUGGCUGUCACUCAUAUGAUGUUUAGUGUUGGGUAGGUAAGCCCAGCUGAAAUGACCCGGUAGACUUAAUUGAGCCCAUGGGCUGGAGGCUCUCCAUUAGAGCCCUAAGGACAUCUCACUUGUCUCUAAGCUCCACACACUCCAUAUGCCCCAGAGCCACACUGACAUCAGACAAAGGGCUCUUUAAUCUAUUCAUUCCUGGUGUGAACAGCAACAUAGGCUUUAACAGAACUCUCUCUGGGUGCUCCUAAGUUGCUUGCUGUGUCUUGGCCUGCACAGAGGAACCAGCACCCGGGGAGAAUUGUGCAAAGUGAGAGUCAGCAGCUGGAUUCAUAAACCCUUCACCGCUGUAAGCAAAUGCACAUUGCAAGAAAAGGCCUCUACCCAAUCCUCUGCUGCUGUCCACGCUGGGAAAGAGGGUGUUAAAGAGCCUUUUGUUGGUGUUGUGGCUGCCUGUGAGUGUGUCAGUGAACAGUGCCAAUAUGGCUGGUCUUUAAGCCCUUGCUCCGUUCAAAUGCCUUUAAAAAUAUUUUGUAAAAUAUGCUGACCAGGGCAAUAGAUCUUGAGGUUCUGAGCCGCCUCCUGAAAAGAAGGUUCUUCAGUCUGUUAACGUCGUGAUGUAUAGUAUUCUUGCAAUAUUGUGAUGGAGCAAACCUGGCUGGCCAUUGUAAUCUGCUGGUGUUGGGAAAUGCACUCAUAACAUGGCACAGUUGGCCUUUCCUGCAGUCCACCUUGUGUGCUUGGUAGCACUAUUUGUGUGGCUUUCAGUCUUUGGGCCUGACAGUAAUUAUUGAUCCUUUUGUAGCAGCAAAGAAUUGAGUGAGCCUGAAGCACUGCUUGAACGCGUGCUGGAAAGAUAACAUGUAUGCUGUCAUGUCCUUAUUUCUGGCUAUAGAAACUGUUUUUUACUUGAAAGAACAUGUGCAUAAUUUAAAGUGGCAAUUGUGUGGACAUCUCAUAAAAUACAAGCUUUAUCAUCUUA